UUGGUAGUCGAAAUCAGAAUCAACUCGUUCGCUGAGUAUUCAACACAAGUUUACCUUCUUCUCCUCCAACAACCACUCUUCAACCACCCACCCCCCAAAAGCAACAUGAAGUUCGCCGCCGCCGUAGUCAUGCUUGUGUGCGCCCUGAUCGGAGCUGAGGCCUCGUGGAAUGCGCUCCAGAUCGCUCCUGGUGUCUCCUACGUUAACUCUGUGGCCCAUGGCGCUGGCGCAUGGGGUGGCCCCUGGAACGGUGCCUGGAACGGUGGCUGGAAUGGCGCCUGGAACGGUGGCUGGAACGGUGCCUGGGGUGGUGCACCCGCUGCCGUCGCUGUGCAUGCCGGCGCUGGCGCUCCCUGGGGCCUGACCGCACCCGGCUGGCAUGGCGCCUCUGUGCCCGGCAUUGCCCUGGCCCAGGGACCCGGCCUUGCUGCCGGACACGGCCAUGAGGGUGUCUAUGUGGCCAAGACCCGUGGUGCCAUCCACACCGCUCCCCUGGCCGGACACAUCAACUCGGCCACCUCGGUGAACGUGGCCGCCGCUCCCGGAACUCUGUAAGUCAAUCGUCAGCCAGCCACCGACCGACCAAUCGAACCGAUGCCAAACGGAUGUGACGGAGGAUGCGGGGCGGAUGGCCACAGGAGCUCAGGAGUCAUCCCACUUCGAUCUCUCCUUUCAUCUGCUUCAGCGACCGACCACCUUCCACGACUCUCAACCGGAUUCUUCCAACCCCCCGCCCCCGAACUCUCUCUCUACACAACUAAAUGUUAAGCACACACCGCUCUUAGUACCCAGCCACCCCCCGACCCACGACCCCCCACCAGCCCUGAUAUACGAACACGAUCCUGAUCUUGAGGCGAUCGAUGAUCCACGAUACACGAUCCAGCCCCACUGAUCCCUCAGCAAUUAUUAAGUCCAACAACAAUUACAACAACUACAAAGAAACCAACAAACUGACAGCAUGUUAAUUUUAUUAUUUGAGAACUUCCUUCAUUCUAUUCUACAUCCAUCUAUGUAUCUCCUUUCAAACGUUUUUCACAUCUUCCAGCCAGCCAGCCAGCCAGCCAGCCUUACUUAGCUGUACAUCUUUCUAUAUCUGUCUCUACUAUAUCUAUCACUAUCUCUGUCUCACUCUGUCUAUGCAUUAUCUGAGCAUUUCUUUUUGCGGAGAAAUGCUUUGAGGCAAACUGUAAAUAUACAUCAUUCCCCCUGUACUCUAGUAGUAAUCUGCAACAAUGUAAAGAUUGACGAAAGCGUUAUAAAUAAACUCGAAUCAGCGUUUGUUUUAUACACGACAAA